UACUGACUCUUCGUUAUCUGACAAAGACGGAAAAACGCACAACUGAGUCCUCCCACUUCCUUCGAGUACUCUUUGGGCCUUUAAUUCUUCUGUCUUUCUUGCCAUUAGUCUACCAACACCCGUGGUAACAUUCUGGCUGCAUUUUUAGUGUUUUCUGUCAGUAGGCUUUACUCGUACGGAUAUUUUUGAUGGAUUUUGGUGUGUUGUAUCAGUACAAAAAUUCGUCUUUUCAGGCUUCUUGGUUUGCUAACGUUAGUUAACGUACGGUCAGCUAACGCUAACUUCGUUAGCGUGUUCUAACGUAAGCCUAUGAAGUAAAGAAGCGUUAACAGUUUGACAUACCGUUUUUUUCACAUGGACUGUGUCUAAUCUAGUGUUUUCAUUAUAGCUAUUAGGGUGUCGUAUGGUUAAGAUUAAUCCUUAGCCAAUUUACCUGGUUUGUAAGCUAAACGCUAACUGUAGCAUUAGCACUCGGCUCUCCUGGUGAAGUCUUUCUUGAUUCGUUUCAAACAGCCAGCAGCUGACCAAAUUAUGGAUUUUGAUAAUAUAUUAGACAUCGCCUCCCAGAACCAAGGCCUCAGCAGUGUACAGAAGAGAUACAGUUUACAAACUGGACCACCGAAAAAGGUUCCGAGGUCGAGACGUGUCGAUCCUUCUGCUGUGCAGGCACUUCUGAAGAAGCAAAACACUGAUAGCAGAAAGAAAGCAUCUCAAAUGAAGAAAAAGAAGGAGGAACUACUAGCAAAGAGGGUUGAGAUGAAGUCGGACCGUAAAGCACGAGCCAUGGCUUCCAGAACUAAGGACAAUUUCAGAGGCUACAAUGGCAUCCCGGUAGUAGAGCUACCUAAGAAGAGGAGAUCAAAACAAGAAAUGCAGGAUGAUAAAUCGAUGAACGAGGAAAGAUUUAGGAAUAACUCAAUUGACCCAGAGGAUGAUGAGGAUAAUUAUGAGUAUGAGCAGACAGAGUCAGAGUCAGAGCCGGAGCCAGAACCGCGCAGACCUGGGAAACCCACAGGUUUGAGUGGGAACAGUAGUAGUAAUAGUAGUAGCCGUAGCAGCAAGCCCUCCUCUAAAAAUCCCGCUCCGCCUCCCAUGAACUUUGCAGAGUUACUCAAAUUGGCUGAGAAGAAGCAGUUUGAGCCAGUUGAUGUCAAAACCAAAGUAGUGAAAAAAGACGAAAGGCUCCGAACAGCUGACGAGAUCAGGGAACUGGAGAUGGAGCGAAGAGCUAAGAGACCGGAGAGAGACUCGAAGACGGAAAGAGACUCGAAGACGGAAAGAGACUCGAAGACGGAAAGAGACUCGAAGACGGAGAGAGAAAGAGACAGCAAGUCUCAGUCUAGCUCUAGUUCAAUGAGAAAAAAUACUUUUGAGAAGGAGCAGAAAAACUGCAAACCACAAAAGAACUCCUUAGAAAAGCAAAGUCUUCCCAGUGGCUCAGGGAAGAAAUUGCAUCCAACACAGACGAGUGAAAAAGGCCACUCUUCUUCUAAGCUCUCUGUUAGUGACAGAGAAAGAGAGAGACCCAAGAUCUCUCACAGCGAUAGAGACAAACCCAAGACAAGCUUGUCAAGUUCAUCUGGUGCCAUAAACUGUAAAAUUCCAUCAAAAUCCACAUCAUCUCAGGUUUCAGCCAAACAAGGGGGUCUCAAGCCCUCAUCUAGCCACAAAUCCAGUGCCUCAAGUGACCUUAUCAAAAAAGAAAGCUCAUCAAGACCAUCAGGUAUUCCUGGGACCAGGGCUCCUGGUUCAGCUGUUACAAGCCAAAGAUCUCAACAUGGGAGCUCCCAACAGACCAGGCCCAGUCAGAGUGGCUCAUCGAAGCAUGGUCCUAUAGUUGGAGGACACAAGUCUGGAAAGGGAGAACCCCUAAAACCUGGAAUUAAUUCUGCUGUGAAAUCAAGUGGUAAUUCAGGGAUGAGACCUUCAUUGGGGGGCCCUCCUAAGGCAGGGGGCCAACCUCAGUCAAGACCUGGAGGCACACUCCAGGCAAGAGCUGGUGGUGUGCCACAGGCCAGGCCUGGUGGAAGUGGCCUACAGGGUCACCCUAGAGGUGGUGGAUCCCGACCUCCAGGACCUGCUCGGCCUGGUAGUGGAGGACCAGUUCCUGGACGGCCAACUAGCAGCAUGGGAUCAGGACCUGGAAAAGCCCAGUGCACUGUGGUGUCAGAGACCAUUUCAUCCAAGAAUUUUGGUGGACCCAAACCAGGAGUCCCUGCACGACCUGGGAUGCCGCAGAGACCUGGGAUGCCGCAGAGACCUGGGAUGCCACAGAGACCUGGGAUGCCACAGAGACCUGGGAUGCCACAGAGACCUGGGAUGCCACAGAGACCUGGGAUGCCACAGAGACCUGGGAUGCCACAGAGACCUGGGAUGCCACAGAGACCUGGGAUGCCACAGAGACCUGGGAUGCCACAGAGACCUGGGAUGAACAGACCACCAGGUACAACGUUGCCACCUAUCACCUCUGCAUACAAGAGGAAAUACGAGGAUGACGAAGACGAGUAUGACUCAGAAAUGGACGAUUUUAUUGAUGAGGGAGAUGACCAGCAAGACAUUUCCAGGCACAUAAAGGAAAUCUUCGGCUAUGAUCGCAACAAAUACAGGGACGAGAGUGACUAUGCACUUAAAUUCAUGGAGAGCAGCUGGAAAGAUAUGCAGAAAGAGGAGGCCAGGACACUGAGAAUGGCCGUGCAGGAAGAUCAGGAGGAGGAGGCAAGAGAUCUAGAUGAGCUGAAAAGGCAAAAUGCGAAGAGGAAAAAAAAGUAAUGAAGCCCCAUUUGUUGUUGAGAUGAAUAAAAAAACCAAAAACCUGUGUCUCCUGGAAGGUCUGCCAUGAAGCCCAGGGACUGGGCCCACCUCGCCCUCCAUUGCUUUCUCUCUACUUGUUUUCGGACAACAACAGAGUGGAGUGACGCAUGACAUUGGCUCCUGAGGAAAAGAGAAGAAUGUUAGUCAAAGACAACCUGGAAAAGACAAAACAUGCACAAAUCAUUCAGGCAUCGCUUGGUGACGGAAGGUUCUCACAUUUUCCCUGUGAUAUUAUUUAUUGCCCCCACUGAGUGCAGGGUUUACACAACAGUCUCACAUUUCUUAAAAAGAACGGAGAACUAUAAAUAUGAUGCGAGUGAUUUUUUUAGACUAACUAUGACAUACAAGUGUUGUUAAAAUGCUAUUUUUCAGCAGAAGUUGUUGCAUAUUUUUCCAAAACAAACUUUGAUUGUGAAGUCAAUUGAAUAUGCAGAAAAAAACUUUACCACUUGAUGUGUUGUGUGUUUCUCUUUAAAGGGAGUUGAGAGAAAUGAUUGCUUAUAGGGUUUUUAUUUAAUUGUCUAGUUUUACGUCAAGUAUGGCAAUCUUAGUAAUAUAUACAGAACUUGGGUACCACUAUAAUUUAAUUUGUAGAAAAUGCUGAUUUCUUUGGUUAAAGUAAUGAAAUAUUCUUUCGCCAUAUAUUGUGUGGAAUAUUGUUUUUAAAAAAUAUAUACAUUUUUUUGAAUAAUU